CCCGCGGGGCUUGCGCUCGCCAAGUGACGCGCCGCAGAGCGCGCAACGUCUCACGACGCUCCUGAUUGGCGCACAUUUUCUCGGUCCCGGGCGCCGUCCAAGCUAAAGUCUGUCUUAGCUCCGAAGGCGAGCCGAGGGCACGCCCCUCCCGGGAAAGAGGCCAAUGGUCUUUGCCCCGAGCAGGGCGGGGCACGGUAGAGAGACGCCGAGUCGGCCUUUGGAAACAGCCCCCGAAUUGAGCUCACGGAGAGAGCCGAAAGUCCUUGUGCAGAGCCAGAUAGAGUCGGAAAGACCGAGAAGAACCGGAAAAACGCAAGCCGGCGGAAGCGGGGCCGAGCGCGGCCGGAAGGAGCCGAGCCCGCCAGAAGGGAUUUGAGGGCGGUUGGGCGUGGGGCCCGGCGAAGGCCGCGCCAUGGCGACGGAGGGGACAGCUGUGGUCGGAGGCGGGGCUGUCGGCGGCCGUCUGGCCAAGGACACUUUGGAGCAGCCUAAGCUCCCCAACGCGACCCCGAACCGGAGGCGCUCCUCGUCGCUCUCGCGUGACGCCGAACGCCGAGCCUACCAAUGGUGCCGGGAGUACCUGGGCGGGGCCUGGCGCCGAGUGCGGCCCGAGGAGCUGAGGGUUUGCCCCGUGAGGUGGGAGGUCAAGGGUCAGCCCCUCCUGUGCGCGGGUCCGGGUCGGGGAUCACCCUCGGGCUCUUCAUGGCGUUCCCUGCUCCUACAGCCCCGGACGGAGGCCUCAGCAACCUGCUCUUCCGCUGCUCGCUUCCGAACCACCUGCCCAACGUUGGUGAGGAACCCCGGGAAGUGCUGCUACGGCUGUAUGGGGCCAUCCUGCAGGGCGUGGAGUCCUUGGUGCUUGAAAGUGUGAUGUUCGCCAUCCUUGCAGAGCGGUCGCUGGGGCCUCAGCUCUAUGGAGUCUUUCCAGAGGGCCGGCUGGAACAGUACCUCCCAAGCCGGCCAUUGAAAACUCAAGAGCUUCGAAAGCCAGUGUUGUCAGCAGCUAUUGCCGCAAAGAUGGCCCGGUUCCAUGGCAUGGAGAUGCCUUUCACAAAGGAGCCCCACUGGCUAUUUGGGACCAUGGAGCGGUACCUAAAGCAGAUCCAGGACCUGCCUUCUGCUACCCUUCUCCAGAUGGACCUGCUGGAGAUGUACAGCCUGCAGGAUGAGAUGGACAACCUCAGGAAGUUGCUAGAAUCUACCCCAUCACCAGUGGUCUUUUGCCACAAUGACGUCCAGGAAGGGAACAUCUUGUUGCUCUCAGAGCCAGAAAAUGCUGACAGUCUGAUGCUGGUUGAUUUUGAGUACAGUAGUUACAACUACAGAGGCUUUGACAUUGGGAACCAUUUUUGCGAGUGGGUUUACAAUUAUACUCAUGAGGAAUGGCCUUUCUACAAAGCACAGCCAACAGACUACCCUACUCGGGAACAACAGCUCCAUUUUAUUCGCCAUUACCUAGCAGAGGUAAAGAAAGGUGAGAUUCUUCCCCAAGAGGAGCAGAACAAACUGGAAGAAGAUUUGCUGGUAGAGGCUAAUCGGUAUGCUUUGGCGUCCCAUUUCUUCUGGGGUCUGUGGUCUAUCCUCCAGGCAUCUAUGUCCACCAUAGAAUUUGGUUACUUGGAGUAUGCCCAAUCUCGGUUCCAGUUCUACUUCCAGCAGAAGAGGCAGCUGACCAGCUUCCACUCAUCUUCCUGACUGGCCAACCCUCAGUCCUUGGAUUUCUCCUGGAGCCUCCAGGGCAGGACCUUGGAGGGGGGACUGGGCUGUCCCCAAAUGAGACAGUGGUUGAGGAGACCGACCUUUCCCCCACUUUGAGCAGGUCUCCGGGGUGGGCGGCCAGGCAGGAGCCCCACAGCUGUACACUUAAAUAAAUGAGCUUGUUCCUUCA